AAGGGGUGAGGGAAGCGCCAGACUCGUUGCGCAAGUUAUGGGAGUAGCAAGGCCAGGAGCCCCUAGUAGCAUCCUAAGAGAAUGCAUGUUAUUCUUUGUUGUGUGUUCACACAUUUAUAAGACAAUACAAUCCCCGAGUAUAUAAAUAUAUAUUGCGACAUAUAUAUUAUAUCUAUUACAAUCCUCGAACGACAGGACUGAGUUUGGUCACCCUGAUUUGGCCAUCACUUUGACCCUGCGCGCCUAUGCAGAAGAUGGUUUGACUCGUCAGUCACUUCGCCGUGUCCUGCAAUGGUUGAAGGACUUGACUCUCAAGGAACAAACACGUCACUACAGGCUUUGGUUAUGGGCUGCAGCCAUUGAAGAUGACUUGCAGACUGGGGCUGUUCACAAAGCCGUCGCCAAAAGGCCGAAAAUCCCAAGGGCUGCAGAGGGCUUGACCUUUGAUGAUCAGAUGAUUGAUUUGCUUUGGCCAAAGCUGGGCAAGAAUUUGCAGGUUGUCGAGACUUUCCUGGAGGAGUCAAGGAAACUCGACAAUUUCCGUUCAAGGUAUCAUCAAGUGCAUGGGAUUUGGCCGCUGGGCGUUUGAGAGGAUUUUCAGGCAGAGCGGACAAUCGGCAGCUUUUGCCUUUGGGGGUGCAGCAGUAUGAGGACGACAUGUUGAAGCACACUGAUGGCCGGGCUUUGCGAAGUCUUUGUGAUCCUGAGAUGGGCGGACCGUCCCCUGUGAAAAUGAUUGAGCACAAGGAACCCUUGCAGAUGUUGGAGGAGAUUCUCAUCGCUCAAUCUGAAGUCCAUGUGUCUGUACUGAUUGACUGCGGUGCUUUGCUCACUGGGAUGUCGAAUCGGCAAGUUGCAGAGGCUGUGCUGAAGCUGAGUCCUCAUAGAUUUCGGGCAGCUAUUUAUUUCGAUGAUGAGAACCAGAUCAUGGUACUGGACAGUGAUGGAAAAGACACUCCUUUGGCAAAGAGCCCACUUCAACCUGCCCAUGAGUGCUUCACAUAUUUGGAUGACAAGCACACGCGUGGAACGGAUCUACGCUUUGCCCCAGCUGCAGUUGGAGCAGUCACUGUGUGUAAGAAGACCACCAAAGACAGGCUAGUCCAAGCCUGCAUGCGCAUGCGUUCUCUGGGCCUGGGUCAAAAGGUUAUGCUUUUUGUGGACAGUGAAGCUGGAAGGCAACUUGCAGCAGAAGGUGGACAGCAUGGAGUGGAGCCAAGUGUGGGUUUAGUUCUUGCUUUUGUCACAGCUCGGACAGCAGAGGAGUUGAAGUCUGCUAUUGUUCACUGGGCAUUGCAGGGUUCAGCCUUUGCAACACGAAGGCCCUUCUUGGAACAUGUCCAGGGGGGCUUCGGGCCUGAAUGCAGGAGUUUGGCAAAGCUUUGCAGAGAGCCAGAGAAUUUUCAGUUGACUUCGUAUUGCCAGUCACUGGCUGCUUGCCCCAGUGAGGAAGAGAUUCCUAGGCGUGCUUUGGAUGCCCCAGAACAGAUCUUGAAGAAUGCAGAUCUGACACCACAAGAAACACAGCGCUGGAGAGAACGAGCACACAAGAGAAUCAGGAAUCAGUUGGCAUACUUGCAUGAUCACAAACUGUGUUCUGAGGGCGUUCUUGUUACUUCUAUGGAUGAGGAACAGGAACGAGAGAGGGAACAGGAGACAGAACGAGAGAAGGAAAUCGAAAUAGAAACCGAAGCUGAAGUGUGUCCUCCUCCAGUCCAAGCCCACACACCGCUUGCUGAGAAGCAAUGGGAAUGGGGCCAUGCUUUACAAAAAGGUUUUGUAUCUGAUUGCCUCAAUGAAUGCGAUGCAUGUCCCCGUUUGCAUGCAAUGACUGCAGAUGAGCUGGAACGCUGCGGGAUGCAUUUGCCACAGCUGCUCGAUUUCAGAGACAUGCCAAGUCAUUUGUUCAUCACCAGCAAUUGGCUUUGCAGUGUCCAAAUUACAGAUGACCAUUGCAGCCCUCUGGAAAGAGCACAUGCGUUGCGUGCAGUGGAUACUUUCCUUUUGUCUCCGGGCAAUGACCAAGUGACAUCGAUCAUCUUGCUAUCAGGCUGGGAAGCCAGCAAUGUGUUGGUAGAGAUGAGGUAUCUAAGCAAACAUGCCCCUCAGCGGGCAACGCAGGCAGAAGAGUUCUUUGCCCAGUGCCACUUGAGUGAUACUGGCAAAAGUAUGUCUGUUUGUCGUGUGGGCUAUCCAAAGCUUCCACGUGCAGAGCAUCGAGCUGUGCUGAAGCUUUUCAAUGGCUCCUGUGAUUACUCACUCAGUGAAUGUGCAGAAGUUGCGAAGUUUCUGGGUCUUUUGCAACCACGGAGCGCCUACAACUUUGCCAGCCACCAGUGGAAUGAACAACAAAGCCAGCGUUUGUGGGAAGCAUUGAGAGACCAUAAAGUUUUGAGCAGGAACGGUUUUGUGAAAGAGGUCCCAGACGUGGAUGCCAAACUGAGAGAGGCUGUGGAAGCCGCCUUGGAGCAACGAGAGGCAAAUUAUGCUUUAAAGAUGGUUUGGCUUCACCACCUGCUGACUCAGAUUUCAACAGGACGCAAAAAUCCUGCAGAAAUUGUGCCAGAAUUCGUGAGACUCCGACUACAAGGUCAUUGUGUCCAAGGAUCCAGCCUCGAGGAGCUCUUAGACCUUUGAAUCUGAUGUAGUAACA